AAGUAAGACUCCUAUAUUAUUUUUUGUCCAUUUUUUAAACAGUAUAGCUGUUUUUCUUUUAAAUAAAUUCUUAUUUGUAGUUUAGGUUGUAUUGAAUUGGAAAUGAGUUUUAGUGGGCUACAAAUCUACAAAUUAUAAUUGACUGAUUGUCGCUGUGUUCCGUGUUUGUAUACUUGUGUUAGAAAACAGUUUACAUUUUAUUUUUUCAGAUGUGUACAUUUGAGGCAGGGAAAGAUCUUAAAUUGGACGUGCGAGUCAAAGAGCCGAAAGAGCCAUACGAGACCAAAACUCUCGUUGUAUCUCUGGUGGAUGCGGACGGCGAUAAUGCAACUGUAGGACAGACAAAGGAAUGCAUAUUCCAAGAAUUAGGAGUACAGGGCCCUGAGCGUUAUGUAAUGGUGAUUGUUGAAGAAGAUACGAGAAGGAGGCCAAAGGAUGAGGAAGACAUUAUUAACUAUAGGGAUUUCCUGGAGAGCUGUGAUUGGAUAGAAUUUGAGGAGACACUAUGCCAGCUACGAUAGUCACAAAAUUAAUUGUUUCAUAGAUCUGAUCUUUUAAUUAUAUUUUUUUUCCCGAA